CACGGCAAAAACCAGUAAUCCGCUUGGUUGAAUCUCACGCAUACACUGGCGCUUGCUGACUGGAAUACAAGCUUACACUGGGAAUAUCCGCGUAUUGUGUUGCUUGUUCUAGAUUCAAACCGCAGAUAAAAGAUAUAAACUUAUUUUUAAAGUGUAUUUUUUCAUGUUAGACUAUAUGCGGCCAAUGGGUUUUUCCGUCGUCAUCUGUUGAAUAGACUACAGUGCUUUUUCUUUGCUUAUAUACUUUGAGUCGUGGUAUGCAACUGAAAUAAGGAGAUAUAAGGCUACUCCAUACUUACAAGACUUUGAAGCAAAGCAGUAGCUCUGCAGUGCAGUCCGUUUGGCCAAGGAGCAAAGUAGCUGCAUUGGCUUCGUUGAGUGGGCUAGUUCAGCUGUGUUGGUUAGGCUAUUUGUCCAACCAAGUGAGGAUUGCGCGCGACAUGCGGGCUUUGGAAUCAAGCAUCAGAGGGCUCUAACCUAUGAAAAGGAGCCGACACCACGAAAACAUGAUGGGAUCCCUGAUGCGAGAUAGAUGGCUCAUGAUCCCAUUGUUGAUGCAGGGCUGGCUGCUAGCGUCUCCAAUCAGUGUUCGUGAGCGCCCCUGUCCUCAAAGCUGUAGAUGUGAUGGGAAAAUAGUAUACUGUGAAUCCAAUGCCUUUCGGGACGUGCCAAACAAUGUGUCUGUGGGAUGCCAGGGCCUCUCUUUGCGCUACAACAGCUUAGUGAAUCUCAGCGCUAGUCAGUUCUCAGGCCUCAGUCAGCUUGUUUGGCUUUAUCUCGACCACAACUACAUUAACUCAGUGGACAGCCAAGCCUUUCAUGGGGUACGGAGGCUGAAAGAGUUGAUCCUCAGCUCUAACAAGAUCACACAGCUACAAAACAACACUUUCCAUACUGUCCCUAACUUACGCAAUCUUGACCUCUCUUACAACAAGCUGCAAGCCCUCCAGCCCAGUCAAUUUCUGGGCUUGCGGAAGUUGCUUAGUCUCCACUUGCGGUCCAAUUCUCUGAAAACUGUCCCAAUGCGGGUUUUUCAGGAUUUGCGGAAUUUGGAGUUUCUCGAUCUUGGCUAUAAUCGAUUGCGAAGCCUCACUCGAAAUGCCUUUGCUGGGCUUCUUAAGCUGAUCGAACUUCAUUUGGAACACAACCAGUUCUCCAAGAUCAACUUCUCUCACUUUCCCCGCCUCACCAACCUGCGGGCACUCUAUUUGCAAUGGAACCGAAUUAAGUCAAUAAGUCAGGGUCUAACCUGGACAUGGACGUCCUUGCAAAAGCUGGACCUUUCUGGAAACGAACUGCAAAUAGUGGAUUCCAGUACGUAUCAAUGUCUCCCCAACCUACAGACCCUGAACUUGGACUCCAACAAGCUUAGCAACAUGUCCCAGGAGACAGUGGAUGCCUGGAUCUCACUGACCACCAUCAGCCUAGCUGGUAAUGUGUGGUACUGUAGCCCCAGCAUCUGCCCCUUAGUGGCCUGGCUGAGAAACUUUAAGGGGAACAAGGAGACCACUAUGAUUUGUGCCGGGCCUAAGGAGGCCCAGGGAGAAAAAGUGAUCGAUGCAGUAGAAACAUUUAGUAUCUGUAAGGUCACUCCCACCACCCCUUUUGUCUCAACCACAGCCUCCCUCAACACCCCAUCUCAGUCUGAGCUCCUGCCCCUUCCCACUUUGUCCAGGGUUGAUGAGGAGUUGACCCGCAGUGGUACGGCCAUCCCCUCCCCUUCUGGGGCUUCCCCUACCACCCCAGAGCAGAAUUUUGAGUUUGUAUCCUUCCAUAAGAUUAUUGCUGGCUGUGUGGCACUUUUCCUGUCGGUGACUAUAAUUCUCCUGGUUAUUUAUGUGUCCUGGAAGCGCUAUCCCAGCAGCAUUAAGCAACUCCAGCAGCGCUCCAUGGUCAAAAUGCAGCAGAAAAAGGUGCAGGAAACAGAACGCACCCUCAGCUUGCCUCUGCAAGAGUAUUAUGUGGACUACAAACCUGCAAACUCUGAAACUAUGGAGGUGCUCGUUAAUGGGACUGGACCCUACACAUACACAAUCUCAGGAUCCAGAGAAUGUGAGGUAUGAUGCGUCACCCUCCUAAAAUCCAUUUCCACUGCGAGGCACGAGAGGUACCACAGCAGUUGAGUGCCCUGACGUUGUACAGGUAUGAACAGCCCAUAGUGGACUAGUGCCAGGCCCGUGGGGCGCUGCACCUCAACAUGGGCUUUGAGCCCCCCUCCCAGCCACAGGGAUGUCUGAGGCCACUGGGUUGCAGGUCAGGUCAUACUGCUGGUCUCUCCUCUGCGCCCACUGCCUCACUCACGCGCACAGACCCCCAGCCUCCCCCCCCCCAACAGUGACCUGUGCAGACGGGGAGACCAGACAAGCACUCCCCUCUCCAUCUGGGCUACUGAGCAUGGUGUUGCUACAGUACUGUAUACUGCUGCAGAUCGUGAGGGAGAACAGCUGCAAAUCUGUACUGGGGGAUAACAUUCUGACUGAGGAACCUGUUAUUCAUAGAGAGAAUUAAUUUAUACCUUCACUAAUAAAAAUGUAAAUAUUCAUUAAUGGAAAUUAGAGAGCACUGUUACAAGAUAGCAGAGCAUAUUUUACCCUUUGAUAUCCACAAUUACUGAAAAUAGUCCAAUACACUAUGACAUUCCUUCUGCUACUGAAAUGGUGUCCAGCAUCA